UCAGUGCGUCGCAUGUAUGAUUGUAAAAAGAAACGUUACCUAUACAAGGAUGGUUGUCUCGGUUUAUAAACUCGCUGUUUUACUUUUGAGCGUAAAAUUCACUUUACAACACGCGUCGCUUUCUGCAGACGCUAAGAGCAUUAUAGUAGCAAAUUUUUACCGUCUUCGUGACCAUAGUCUCCGUGUUCCUCCUCUAGCAAGUUUGAAAAUUUCGGGUAAUGAAAUGAAGUGUUUAACACUCUGUGUUAAAAAUGAAAAUUGCUACUCGUUGAAUGCAAGAAAGCAAGAAAACGAAGACGUGAUUUGCGAGCUGUUGAACAAUACGAUGUAUCAGUAUCCAAAUAAUUUAACACAAGAUGAAAACAUUACACACUGGUUUACUAAGGUUCCAUGUGUUCCUAGUCCAUGUUUUAAAUCAUACACCAUUUGCAUUGCCAAAUAUUCAGUUCAUGUGCCAUUCGCAUGUGUUUACAAACGGGACUACAAUUUCGCCUUACGUAAACCAACAGCACAGUCUAAUGUCAGGUUUGCAGGUGGCGUAUCUCUUUCAUCACACUACGCUGUUGAUGGCAUCAAAGCUGCUUCUUGUUUGGGUGACCCCGAGACUACUGGGUGUGUUCAUCUGGACACUAAUCACAAUCAAUGGUGGCGAGUUGACCUGCAGAUGAAAAUUCCCGUAGGUAGAGUUGGCAUUACAAACAGGAAAGAUUGGAAAAACGGUUUAAAGAAUUUUGAAAUCAAAAUUGGUGACAGUCUGGAAAAUGAGGGUCGAAACAACCCAAAGUGUGGAGAUCGACAUUCAGUGCCACACAAAGAGUAUAAGAUAAUUUCUUGUUCACCUCCCUUGUCUGGUCGAUAUGUUGUCAUGCAAGGUUUCGAUUCUCAUCCUUUGGUCAUGACGGAAGUUGAAGUAUUUGCAGCAGAAGUGGAAGUCAAUUAA